AUGGCCUCGACACUGAAGGCACAAAGCAAGGAUGCGCCCACCAACCCCCGCGGUAUCCCCGUGGCACCAUUUGUUGACCGGGUGGAGGAUUAUGUUACCGACCGCUCGGAGGUGGAGAGCACCAUGAACAGUUUCAAGGAGAUGAUCUCGUACGUAAAAGGCUGCCUGAGGACGCUCACGCGAUCGCGCGACUCAUGCAUAUCUACCAGGAAAUACCAGUUCAUGGAGGCAAAUACACAAAGGCGUGCGGCGGGGCUACAGGACAAGAUUCCAGAUAUCAAGAAGACACUUGAGACGGUGCGAUUCUUGAAGGCCAGGAAGGUACACAAUAUGCCUGAGGGAUGGAGAUGGGAAUACAAGCAAUUGGAACUGACAUUCCAUUUUCAGGAAGAUGCUGAACCCAUCGAAACCACGUUCGAACUGAACGAGACGCUAUACGCUAAAGCUGAGGUACCACAUACGGAAGAGGUGUAUCUUUGGUUGGGUGCAAACGUCAUGCUCGCUUACCCCGUGCCUGAGGCCGAGGAAUUGCUCACAUCAAAGCUGGAUACCGCCCAAAAAAGCCUGGCGACGUGCGAGGAGGACAUGGAGUUCUUGAGAGAGCAGAUCACGACUUUGGAGGUGGCAUUUGCUCGUGUGUACAACUGGGAUGUAGCGCAGCGUCGGAAGGACCGCGAAGCAGGCGAAUCAAUAGAGGACAAGAAAGGACCCUCUCCCAAUGGAUAAGCGUAGCAUAGCUUCACUUGGUUUACCUUAUUGGGGAGUUCACUGGCUAUCGACUUGUCGAUUCACUCCGAACAACAAUAGAACAAAAGUUCACUUCCUCAAACAUUCAGAUUCUGCUCCAUUGUAUCAUGUUGGUCGAUGUAUCUUGACUAGAAUAACGUGAUAUUGCAUCAACUACCAACCUUCGUUUACCUGAAUUCAUAUCCCUAUUCUUCAUCAAAUGUGCCAACUUGCACAAGAGAUGUCAUGUUUGUUCUUGAUAUCAGCUAUUGAAAUCACUUCCCGGCCUAUCAAGCAGCUGCAUGUGCCCUCUCGACAAUAUGGCAAAUUAAAUCUCGCACUGAGGUUCGCAUUUGCAUACUGAUUUUCCCAAUUUUGGGGUCCGCCAC